AUGGAAGGAUUGGCAAUGCAGAGAUGGGUCGUGGAUAAGUUGCUCAAGAAGGAGUCCUGGUACAAGGAAAACAAGAGUUUCAACAUCUUCAUGAACCGGUACUCUUAUGCCACCGACCAUGCCAUUUCAAUGCACACCGAUGCGUCCAAAUAUUAUGAUGAGAUUGAUCCGAUCACAUCGCUUUCAAUGGUCCUGGGAUCAUUUCUUUUGAUCCAAGCGAAGCAGGCUAAAAAACGAGGCAACAAGCCGAGGUGGUGUUUGGUUGUUUACCAGCCGCCUUGCUCCAUGCUGAUCAUGGCUGGGAAGUUUCAAUCGCAGUUCGAGCAUGCAGUGCCUGCUUGGUUGGACAUGAAGGAGAUUGCCCAUGCGGAACAAAAUGCUGAGUUUCAAUUGACACGCGGUGGGCAGCAAGAGAAUCUCAGACUCCUGUUUGUUGGGCAGGCGAAACAACAGAUGAAGGAUGAAAUUGAGAGACUGGAGAGUCUCAAUUUGAACGAGACUCACAGGUGGAAUGUGACGGUGAGGAAAGCAAGAUAUAACGGCAUUGGGGAGCAGAUCGCAAGUUUGCUUGAAAUUGAUGCUUCUCUCAAGGAAAUGGUUGAGAAGAACAAAAUGUAUCCUCAGCAGAGUUUAAGCGUGCAGCGGAAGAUCGUGGAGAAGUUGCGCAAGUUGAGGAGACAGGCUUUGCUUUUGGACUUGCUUUGGUUGUCGACAGAGGGACCUAGUUUUGUCGCUGCGAUCGACCAAGUGGCUGUCGAAGUUCCAGGCAAAGAUCCAAAGCAUUUGACAGUGGUUCAGAUGUCUUUUCGUAUGUUCAAGGUACUCCUGGAUGAGCACCCCAUUGAUGAAGACUGCCUCCAAGAACAUGGUCUCGUGUGCUUGGACUUUUCUGGUCUGCGUGACGAUGUUUUGAGCCAAAGCGCGAAAGAUAAAAAAUGGGAUUGGAUGACUUUGCAGGGAAAAUAUUGCAUCGAGUCAUUCACAGCCUAUGUGUUUGAUGAUUCUGCACCGUCGGAUAGCAUCAGUAUCAGGACCAAACUGACUUUUCUGCAACAGCCUUUGCGUGAUGUGGUCCGGAUGGCUGAGUCUGGGUCAGGGCCAGAAGAGUCCCUGACAAGUGCUAUGCGGUUGGAGAAGUGGUUCGAUCUUUAUUUGGAUCAGAUCUGGACACAUGAAAGCUCCCAACGGGCUAUGUCACCAGACGGUCGGUUGAUUUUGUGGAUGAUACCUCUGCAAACGAGACUCACCUACCUCGGCUCUAAAAGAGCGAAAACAACAUGA